GGCAAACAAUUGUAGUCGGUAAUUGGAAAAUAGCAACGAAAACGUAAAGAAAAUCAAAUUGUAAACAACUUUUGCUUUCGCUAUCGAUGAGACAGCCAUGGGGUACAAAAGCAACUUUCCACAAAUUAUGAGAGAGGCAGGCUUCAAGUUGCACCAAUAUAGGAACGGGACAUUGGAUUGGCGACUCAUGGGUUCUUAUGAGACGGAUCGCAUUUUGCGGGAGCAGAACUUUGAGGUUGUGGAUGAGGCACUGCAGCAUUUGUCCGAGGCGCCACUAAGCACAGCGCUGGAGACACACAUUCUGGACAGUGGAAUUGCCAAAUACUUUAUAAUGUCACAGUAUGCCAUACAAUAUUUGCUCUGCUGCCGCACGUAUUUGGAUGAGAGUGUCGGGGAGCUGCGGGAAGCGCAUGCCACGGCCCAGCAAGAGAUAGCCAAGUUGCGUCAGUCCCUCGGCGAGUCCAACAACGAAGUUGUCCAGCUGCACAAGAAGAUCACCCAAAUCGAGGCCAUUCGCGAAGUCGUCUUUCCCUGUCACCUGUGCCCCAAGAACUUCAUCAGCAACGACGCCCUCAACAUACACAUCGGCAGGAAGCAUCGGGUCGGCACUCCGACUACCAAUGCAGCGGGAUCAGGUGUCCAGCUGUCCAAGGACAAGGACAACGACAUGCAGUUGAUAAACGCCAUCAAAAUGGAGCUGGAGAUCAAGCAGCUCAAGGAGCGACUCAAUGCAGCCGAGCGCAAUAUCAAGGAGCGCAGCGGCAGCUCCAGGCGACAUGCCAGUCCACGCCAGGAUCAGGCCACAGCCACAACAAGUGUCCGCGAUGUAGGCAUACAGAGUAACCUGGCGGAGUACAAGGACAAGGAUGAACUAAGCAGCGAAGCCAUCGAAAGCGAGGCUUGCGAGCGCAAGGAGCAGCUCCAUGGUCUCGCCGAGCGUCUGAGCAGCUUCGAGGCGUGGCAGACGCAGCUGAAGCUGAGCAAUGAACAGUUCAUACAGGACAUUAAUCAAAAGCUGGAGCAUCUAAGCCAUGCGCUGGAAGCAGACAGAAAAGUGACAGCUGUGACACCAGCAGCUGCCGAGGAACGCGUCGCUACGCCCUGUCUGGAGGAUCUGGAGCGCAUCCUUACCGAGAAGGUGGCCGAAAUUGGAAAAGUAAGUGCCAACAAGCUGGAGGAAGUGGUGUACCACCUGGAAAUGAGUUACAAAGAUAAACUAGAGGCAUUGGAGCGCGAACUGAAGCGACUUACCGAACCCAACGUGGAGACCACCGUAGUCAUCCAUUCCGCUUCCAAAAUACCCAAGCCGCUGCCCAAGAAGGAGGAAACCAACCUGGAGCGCAUUAAACGUCAGGUGGAAAAUGAAUUCCUGGAAACGAAGACAAAGCGCGACGAUGACACGUAUUCCAUUGAAGAGCUACCAGUGCAGCCAGAGAAGGAGAAGAAGGAGGAGAAGGAGCAGACACCAAAGCAGACAGUCACUGUAACCCAAGUCCAAGAGCUUCCGAGCCGCAGCAGUUCGGGGAGUCAUCCCACAUAUACAAAGCCCGUAGUUGAGCCCAAGUCGAAGCCCGAAUCAAGGCCCCAGUCGGAGGUACAGGAGGCAACCGACAUAAGUGAAAGUCUCAGCGAGGAGGAGAGUGUAAGUGAUGAGGGCAGUGAGCUGCUGACCUCGGAACCGGAGCGACAAGUUUUCAAGGUGACGAAAUCCAAAGAAGCGCCAAAAUUUAAAAGUCCACAGAAGCCACCGCAGCCGCUGACCCGGAAAGAUGCACGCAAGUUGGUUAAUCUUAAGCUGAAUCCGCAUGGAUUUAGCAUGAAGUCCAAAAGUAUCUCCAAUACAUCCCUCAAGCGUGUUAGUGACGAGCUAGUGCAGCAUAGGAACAAGUUUAGAUUGGACAAUCCGAAUUUCUAUGCAACACGCAAUCGCAUACGCAAGUUUGUGGAGAAGCUCUGUUCCGCCAAGAUGCCGGAAAGUGCCCAGGUGCUCCUAAAGAACAAGACGCCGCUGCAGCCAAUUGAUGCACCUGAACGCAGAAAUCCCUCUUCGGGCAUCACAGAUGACGACGAUGACGAUGAUGAUGGAGUCGAGACUGCUGAUCGAACAUCCAUAUCACAGGAUGAGUAUGACGAGCAGUCGCAGAGCUCGAGUUCGCCCCAACAGCGGCAGCAACAUCGCAACUUCAAGGAGCAGUUGGAACAAAUGUUGGCCAAACCUGCAGCUCGAGUUGUUUCCCGGUCCGGCACAACUCAGGUGCAGAUGCAUCCGGCAAAACCUGUACCGUUGCCACGCAAACGUGUAAUGUUUAACACAUUGAGCAGUGGCAAAAGCAUGGGUGAUGAUGAUGACAAUGAGAAAAAAUGAGGGAAAAUAAAAUAAUCA